CAAACACAGCGUACUAGCAACAGUGAAAAGUAGAAUCGAGCGAGCGAGCGUCGGGUUGGUUUGUAAACAGUGUUUUAUUUCGCGCGAGGUGCCAGCAUGGGCUCCCAACAAUUUUGUCUGAAGUGGAAAAGCCACUACAGCAAUCUUCUGAGUGCCCUCGACCAGCUACUGUUCAGCGAGUCGCUCACAGAUGUCACACUUGCCUGUGAAGGGUUUAGCCUCAAGGCUCACAAGGCUGUGCUUUCAGCCUGCAGCCCCUUCUUUCAGACCUUAUUUGCAGAGAACAGCUGCCAGCACCCAAUUGUCAUCCUCAAAGAUUUCAAAUUCUCUGAACUGAGAGCCAUUGUAGAUUUCAUGUACCACGGUGAAGUGAAUGUCUCACGUGAGCAGCUUUCCUCACUGCUGAGAGCUGCAGAGGCACUUCAAGUGAAAGGCCUUACUGACCUGACCAGUGACACUCCUGAACUGGCUGAACAGUUGCCCAGUUUGACUUCCUCAGAGGUGCGAGCAAGUAAUGUAGACUCUGCAAGCGUUGCGUCACCGUCAAAAAGAGCCCUAAAAUCGCCACCAAGCAGCAAGAGAAAAAGAGUCAGACCUCGACAUGUCGCACCUCGAGAGCAAGAAAGUCGGGUUUCUAGCAAUGAUGAGGCAGAAGAAGAAAACUCAAGUGACGGAGAAAUUUCACCUAAGCGCAACUCCGAGGCAGUCGCACUGCAGAGAACUACUAGGUCAAGCAAGAGUGGCAGCUCCUGCUCAGUGUUAGAAACCUUGUUGUCCACCAAAGAACUGAGUGGAAACUGUGAGCAGAGGCAUAGGCUGCAUGCAUGUCACGAAGCUACAGAAGAAGAAAAAGACUUUGAGACGUCACGGCUUCUAGAACAAGCACUGGCAAAGGGUGAUGAGUCCAGUUCAAGUGCUGUCGACAGCAAUUGCCACGAGAAGAUGUUCCCAGCAUCUUCUCAGUUGAGCUUGCUGGCUACAGCAAAAAUGCUGGAGUCUGGUUCUGGGAAACCAGAAGCGGAAGAAGAUGCUUCUGCACUGCUAGCGACACUGGCAGCAUCAGGCGAGAGCUCCAAUUCUGGCAACAGUUCUGGGCAAGGGACUCCCCAUUCCUUAUUUCCUGCGAGAGGUGGUCGCAACUCUGGCUGGACAGAGGAGCAAAUGCAGCGGGCAUUGAGUGCUGUCUUUGCGGAAGGUGUGCCUAUGACAGCUGCUGCAAGGCGCUUUGGCAUCCCCAAGACAACACUGCUUUACCGGCUUCAGAACUCUCUGACCAGGCGCUCACCUAAAACUUGAGGAAUGUUCAGAACAGCCAUUUUUCUGAAGCUCCGUUUCUUUCUGUAUGUUGGGCCUGUUUGCAUUCAUCUCGCCGUGAAACCUUGUUGAAUUCCAGUGAGGUAGGUGAUGCCAUGCGUGUUUGGUUGUCUAUGAUGACCUCAUUACAUGAAAUUGAGGGUGCAUGAUCAAGACCAUUGUCAUCUCACAGUGAAAAAAAAAUAUAUAUAGUGAAGCAGCAAAUUACCCAUUGGGAUAGAUCAGCUGCGAGAUUUUUAGAUUGCCCAUUUUAGCGCACAGUUGUCAGGCCGCUGUGUAUGCUUUAAAUAUUAGAAGUGAUCCAGAUGUGUUGAGCACUUGUAUGGACUUGUUAGUAUGUUCAGACCUUAAGCAGGCAAUACUUGACGUGAAUGUCAUUUUGUAGGCAUAUGCAGGGUCCUUUGAUAACUUCUUUUAAGUUCACAAAAGUUAUACAAGAGUUUUUGGUACUCUGCACAAAGUAGGCAUGACAUAGUGCAGCAUCAUUCAGGGGGCUGUAUCUGUUGCUUUGGGGAGACUAACAUACAUGCAUAGUGAUACAAGCUUUGUAAGGUUUUUUUUUUUUUUUGUUUUUUUACCGUAGUUUUGUAAAAGACAGCUGAAAAAAUGGGGGUUCAGUUGAUGAUCACAAAUAGUACAGUUCUUUAAAUCUUAAUCUAGAAGCACAAUAAAUGCCAGGAUUUAAAUUCAGUUAUGAUUCUUAGCAGACAUUGUAUCUGUGCCACAUCAUGAUAAUGUUUCGCUGCUUUUGGUAACUGCGUCUGUUACCCAAUAAGUGCCGUGCUCUAAUUAUCCCGUUUGGGCAUCUUUGCACACCCCCUUGUAGUGCCUGAGUAUGCCGUGCAACAAUUCUUUUCCAAGAUGAUUCAUGAUCAUGAAACCUUAGUGUAUUGGUCAUGACAAAGUAUAUACAGAAGUUAAAUUCUGUGGCGCCUUUUAUUUGUGUGCGAUGCCGGUGUCUACAUUUUGGAGAGUGACAUCAGUUUGGAUGGAGCCGCUGGUGCAAGUUGAUCGGCGAGCGUGGAAAGAACCAAUCAGCAAGUGCUCUCUUCCCCUCUGAACUCGCAUGCCUAUGUGCUGCCCUUUCCCUCGGCAAGAUGCCUGACCACCGGUGCCUAACAGUGCAACACGGUAGCCAAAUCAAGCCAUUCGCUUUAAAACCUCUGGCACACAGUGGGUGGCAACGUCCAAAAUUCCCAGCACUCAAAAGGUUAAAGGGUGAGAGAUGUGCAUAUGUGUUGUCACUAUGAAUAGUAAUUGAAUAGAAAUCUUUGCAUUUAGUGUGCUUGAAGCAGUUUUUUUUUCUAUUUUUUUUUUUUUAAGAUUUGUACUGUUUGGGGCUGAUUGAGUGCACCCCUUCUCGUGCUGUGUUGCAAUAAGACUCUCUGACUGACAGCUAGAGCCCACUGAACGAUGCUAUGCUGUGUAACAGCUACUUUGGAUGACAUGCGAAACUCUCUUUUGCAAGUUUUUUCACCAGAAAAUAAAAGCAGGCAUAAAAAAAAACUAUGGUGAAUGCUUAGCUUAUGAGGGCAACAAAGGAAGCAAGUGUCGUUGCUUUGUCAAGUAUGAUGUAUUGCCAGAUGCUGCCUUGAAAUUUUGCAACUGGGUCGGUAGAGAUUUUUAUGGGGCUCUGUAAUUUGUCACUGAUUCAUAGUCAACUGUUUUCAGUCAUAUUGCUACAUUCAGCAUUUAUUGCAAGGUGCCACAAUUUGUAUUCGUUAAGUAAUUUAGUCAAGCGCACUUUUAUCAGACUUGAAUACGCAGAAAUGAUCACUGGUGAGGUCUUGUAUAAAUAUUCAGCAUUAUUGUUUACCCACUUCAAACUGACAUUGACUAAAGUAUUUAAUAUGAUAUAACAUUGUUUCCAUAACUCUUCGUCCACUGAGUGGUGUUCAGCACUCUUAUCACUUAGCUGAUUGUCCCGUGGCUGCACCUAAGCAGUCUUGAAACUUGAGCACUGGUGUCAUCUUGUGUUUUUACUGCUAAAGUUUGGGGUUUGCAUUGCAAGUGUUCUAUGUAGGUAGGGGAGCACUGCUUGUUUUGGGCUCAUGUUGGAAGCAUAAACAACUUGUGAGGGCAAGAAACCUGCAGAGGUGGCCUUGUGCAAAGGCCACAGUGCAUGUGAACGCAUGAGAUGGCUUCUAAACCCCUUAUUUCUGCCCAUUUCAUAGGCCCCACCCAACCAUCAAGCUUUUUCACUUUCCCUGAGCAAUUUACUUUUCACAUCUGGAGGAGGUAAAGUUAAUAUGAGGUCGGGGGCUGUGUUGUGGAACAUCCAUCUUGUUUUGCAUUCUUGCCACCCUUUGUCAUUGGCUCAGAUGCUGCCGUGCCAUGAUCAUCAUCAUUAGAAUCAGCCACUCAAUGUGACAAAUGAUGAAAGAACGAAAAAUGAAAUAGAUUGUUAUGAAAUGUGGUCCUGUAGCUAGCUGCAUUGGCGUGCACCCUUCAGUUGGUUUUCCCCGAGUUAUGUGAAGGCAGCAAUAUAGACAAGAAGUUUGAAUACAACAGAACUUGACAGGAGCACACCAAUCUGCCACCAGUGUCUGAGCAGUUUGUGUUUGGUAGUCAGUGUUAAGCAAACGCCAGCAUGUUGGCAACAUAAGAAUAUAUGCUGAUGCUGGCGUGCACUUCUCACAAGGUAACAGGAAAGUGUGCAUGCUGUGCUUGUGCAUUUUAAUCAAUAUUGUAUUGAGAUUCUUUCCACUGGCCAGCAACUGUUGAUGUGGGUUGGUUCAGUUGGUACCUUACAAAUAUGGGUUUUGGCUGUUGGAAAGCUGGUGUCCAUCAUGGGUGGUAUUCUGGUGUGGUCACUUUUGAAGAUAGUUCCACUUUUGUGAGAUUUCACAAGACUCAGUCCUGGACGCAUCGAAGUAUAUAUGGCUGACAGCACUCUUGGCACUGUGCGAAGAUAGCGUGCUUGGCAAAGUGGCAGAAAUGCUGUCGGCUGUACAUGUAUAUGUGUCGGGUGCUAAGUCUCGCAAAAUCUUGUGAAAGUGAAACGACCUUCGAAAGUGAUCGAUACAAAACAAUUUUUGAAUACUGCCCGAAGAUGUGUGUGCCUCAUUAUAAAUGCUAAAGGCAUCACAUGAAAGCUUAACAAGCACAUUUUUGUUUAUUUAAUUUAUUAUAUGCCAGACUGUGUCAUGAUUUCUUUUUGGGCUUGAUAUAUUGGAAAGUGAGUGUAUUCUUGCAUGCAUGGUGAAGGUGCCAUGCCCCCAGCUCUUAUGACUUUUCUGCCAAAUGCUUUGCACCUUGAGCAGCACUUGCAUUCUUAUCUCUAGCUUUUGAGAACUCUUUUACUGUGAACUGUACUUAUGAGCUAGGAAACGAGCCGAUCAUGUUUUAUCAUUCGUGUUUGUUUGGUUCGCUCAUUGCACUUUGAUUCUGGCUCUGGUUUCUAGUUUAAAGGUGUCCGACUUUGGUUCAUAUAAUCGACCAUGCAAUUUUAAGCUGAGCAUUCUGACUGUUCUGCGCAGGCGAUUAGAUAGAACGUGCUUUGGGCACUGACAAGUGCUAAAUGUUUUCUGGGAGGCUCAUCUCUUUCAGGCUCAUCUUUUUGCACUACGCCCCAGUGCUGAUCAAAAUGCUGUGCCUACAACAUCGGGGAACAUGCAAUGCGGGGCACUCUUUUUUCACUCUGCUAGCAAGGAGUGCAUUGUUUUGCACAUGCUUCUCUGAGAUUUGCGGGUUCGUGAACCAAAUGUAGGGGGAGGGUAAUUAGGGCAUUAGUGAAGAUAUGCUCAGUAAAGGUCACCCGGCAGUGUGCUAGAAUGGCUUGCAUCUGUCCUGCUUGCCAGAUGGAUGGCACUGCAACUGCAAAAAAGCAUGCGUCUGCUGGGCCUGCAUGCAAAUUAGAUGAUUAUUUAAAUGAACGCUAUAGAGAAAAAAUUACUGCAGAAACUUCCUAGUGGAACUUGCAAGUUAGUGCAUAAGCAUUCUUUCUAGUUGCUCAUCUUGCACACAUGCAUCUCUUAUUAUUACCCUUAUUAAUCUUGAUUGGGCUUAAGUAAUGUAAUUGUCAUUCAUCUUAAUUUGGCUUAAUUCACUUUAAUUACCCUGAAUUAUUAUUAUUACCUUUAUUAGUCUUGGUAGGGCUUAAGUAAGGCAUGGUAAGCCAGAAAAGAUGCAAAAACAAGACUGCUGGUGAUGCCACGUUGAAGUUCCCGCACCAGCUUACUGUAACAUCAUGGAUACCGAUGGUGUCUACUCGGGCCUAGUCAAAUUUUUGUAAAGAAAGCAAGGAAUGAACUUGGCAAGUUUCGGGAUUUUUUACUGCACCACAAUGGCCAAAUAUGCGAAAGUGCUUUGAAAUUCAUGACGUCACACUGAUGCACCGAUGCUGGAUUUUCAGCAAGAAAAUUCAAAAGUGGAAGUUCGGCCUUCAUUUUAUCUUCUAGUAAUCAACCUUCUACCAGAAAUUUUAUGGAAAUAGUGUGGAAGGAUACCUUAUCAGCCUAAACUGAUUUUGUUGUUUCUCUUUAGUGUUCCUUUAAAUUGUAGGGAAGCCUCUUGGUGUUCUGCAGAAGUUCCCAGGAAUUCUUCCUGUGGCACUAGAGUUCUCUCAUUGUUUUCCACCAGUACUGUGAGGUUCUUCCCAAGAGCAUAUGUAACUAUUUGAAUGUAUCAGAGUUCAGAAACUCAUAAUUGCGGUUUGCAGCGCUUGAGUUCAGAGAAUCAUAAAGUCCCUUGAGUGAAUAAAAAGUGCAGCAUGCUACUAAGUAUUCCAGCAUAAACCAAGUCAACUAAUAUGCUAAAUUUUGGCUAAGUGACACGCUGACAUUGGUCCAAAAUGUGGAAAUAUGUACAGGUGUGUUAAUUUUUAUAUCUAAGAGCACUCUGAUGAAUACUAGUGAAAGUCAGUAUCAGUGCUUCUAGUGGAUGCAGCUGCAUUGUUAUUUUGCUGCCAGCAAUGAGGAAGGGAGGUUUAUCACUUAGGAUGGCAUUACAGAGAUGAGCUUAUGCUUGAAUGCAUUGAGAGAUAAUGGUGUAUAUAAACAAUGCUGGUAGUACAUGAUGAAAUGUCUGUUUCCUGGCUGCAGAACUUGAUUUAUAUCUUUUUUGUUGUCGUGUGAAGAGCUAUUCUUUUUGAAUGUUACCAUUGCCAUUAGAGCUCUUUCAUUUUUAUUAGUAUUGCAAAACUUGAUUUAUAUCUUUUUUGUUGUCGUGUGAAGAGCUAUUCUUUUUGAAUGUUUCCAUUGCCAUUAGAGCUCUUUCAUUUUUAUUAGUAUAUUUUUGUUGACUGCGUUACCUGUUUAUAUUUUGCACUGUAAGUGGUUGUCGUCAGGGUAGUGCCUUUCAGUUUCAUGUCUUAGUCUUUUGAGACUCACAGGCCGAGUUAAGCACUGCAUGAUAGUCCCAUAUAUUGUUCUUCUAUGUAAAGCGGGCUUUGCACCUAAGAGCACUCUAUGGCAGUUUUGUGUUUUCUGAACCACUGUGGCACCAGCUAUUCUUCAGUAAAAUUUAGGCUGGCCUUGCUAGCUCAUGCUUGUGUAAACGACAUAAAUGAAAAGAGUCAUUCUUGGCAGAUAAUUCUUACCAAUCUAUUCUGUGGUCAAGCUGGUGACUACAGCACAGUAAGCUGUCAUGUGUGUUUGGUACAAGUCUGUGCUGCUUGUUUCUGUGCAGCACCAACUACUAAUUCAAAACAGUCAUUUGAGUGAGUUGGUAAUUGAAUAUCUCUUGAGACAAACUGCACAAAUCAAACACCGCUUGUGUUGUUUGCUUGCUUUCUCCUUUGUUCGGUUCAUGGUGUUCAUUUACAAAGAAGCAACUAUUCACCUAAGCUCUGUCCACUGGCCCUUGUCUUAGAUAACAACAAAACAGUAAACCCUCGCUAUAAUGUGCUCAUUAGGACAACAAAGAAAGAUAUAGUCUCCUUAAGGACUGGUGUAGCUAAUGUUGUGAGUCACUGGCAGAUCAGAUUGAGCAUUCCUGCAUAGCAGCAGACAAAGACACAGGCCUUUUUUGUAUCGUGGUGUAUUAUGUUUGUGAAAAACUAACACAGGUAAAAAUAUUUUGUUCCACCUGAAUGUACUUGGUGAGGACAAGCUUAAUGUGAGCACGAAUUUUCUGUGCACCGGUGACCUGUGGCACACCAUGAGAAAACACACCCAGAAAUGUGUGGGUCGUCUAUACAUCAAAUGCAUAUAUGUAAUUUUUAAAAGUUAGGAUGCCUGUAAACCGCUGCCUAGCUGAGCACCGUUGCUGUUGUCCGAGGAAUUUAUAUAUUGAGUGUUUCAUGUAACUAGAAACAAACUUUAAAAAUAGAGUGGUACACCUUAGAUGAAUGAUAACAGUGACAUAUUGUUCAUAGUUGUCUUGAGUUACUUAGACUAUUUUUUGAAGCGAGAUUAGGGAGCUAAGUAAUUGUGUUUAAAUAUGCAAAAUUUUACAUAUUCGUUUUAGGGCGUAAGUCUCAUUUGAAAAGUUGUAGAAAACACCCAAUGAGGUUGUUUUUAUCAGGGUAUCUUUUACAUGGUUCUUCUUUCCGGGGCUUUAAAGACAGCCCAUAAAAUAUGAAAAAAAAAAAAGACUUCUAACCACGCUUGCAUGUCUGAAUUACAGCUCUGUCAACCGUGUUUCUGUAGAAUAAAGCCUGCAUACCAGUAAAAAAAAGAAUGAAGAGAUUGGCUACUGCAUCCAGCAUACGUCAGCAUCUCCAGUGUGAAGAUCGUGAUUAACCACGGUCCUAAAUGAUAAAAGAUAGCCGGUGCUGAACAGGGAUGCAGACACACUAGUCGGUUUUCAAGGCGCAUGCAGGCUUCAUUCUUUAGAAACACGAUUGAGAGCAUUGCAAUCCAGACAGGCAACCGUGUAGUGGCAUAAUUUUUUUCAUAAUUCAUGGGCUUUCUUUGGAGCUCAGAAAAAAGACUGCUGAAUAAGAUAACAACAUGGAAACAACUUCAUUGGGUGUUUCUGAGCACGUUCUACAACUUUUCAAGUGAACCUGCUGUGGUAGCCAAACGGUUAUGGCAUGGCACUGCCAAGCUCAAGGUCACGGGUUCGAUCCUGGCCGUGGCGGCCGCAUUUUGAUAGAAGCUAAACGCAAUAACGCUCGUGUACUUAGAUUUAGAUGCACAUUAAAGAACACCAAGUGUUCAAAAUAAUUUCUGGUGUGUCAUCUUGGUACAUAGACAUUAUAAUAAAAUAGCACAUUACUUUCAACGGAUUGUUUACUUUAACUGAUUUUCUAUGAUUUAAGUUUCCCUUUAUGGCGUGCCUCAUAAUCAGAUUGUGGUUUUGGCGCCUAAAACCACACAAUGUUCUUUGAACUUCUCAAAUGCUCCUGAGAAGUUCCUUACUAAAGAUUGCCUUACUAAACAUAACUAAUUAGCAAAACAAUUGAACUUAAAAAUACAGUCUGAGUAACUCAAGAUGACUAUGAACAAUACACCGUUGCUCUCACUUGUGUAAGGUAUACCACUAAGUUUUUAAUGUUUGGUUCUAGACACAGAUAAAAGCCAUUGAAUGAUAAUAUUACAUGACUAUGCAUCAAUGUCACUGCAAGUUUCUGAACACCAGAAGUACGACAUUCACUGUUGCAAUAUUUUUAUUCUCUUGUCAGUAAAAGUUUACAAUGCUCAAGCUUUAAAAUGAUUGCCUACAUUAGGUUAUGUCUCAGUGCACUUUGGAUCACUGAUGUAUCAAAUGAAUAGGGGUUAGAAAUGCCUGGCAUGUUUGAUGUGUACAGUAGACUUGCGUUAGUUCGACUCUGGUUAAUUCGAUUUUUCGGUUAAUUCAAUCCCAGCCGAAUGUCCAAUGCAGCGCCUGUGCAUUUCUAUAUGCCCAAACAUUCAUUGGUUCAAUCUUAAAAUUGGCCUUCACCGGAUAAUUUGAACUUCACCCGUCAGCAAGCAUGUGCCUUACCCCUAUGGGUCCUUUAUUCUUCAAGAAAAUUAGGCCGAAAAUUGCCUGCGAGGCGCAGUCAAAUACAACCGAAACUGCGUUCGCGGUGUUUAUAUGCCUUGCCGCAUAACACAGCUGCACAAUGCAUGUCCAUUUUUCCCUGCCCAUUUUUCUUGCUAAAAAAUUGUGUGCCCAUUACAUUUCUAUUUUGUUUAGGAGAGUUAAUGUCAUUUUUAUGUUAGGUUUUUCUGCUUUCGACACAUGGAAAGCGGGCGCGCAUUUGAUUUGAGGGCGUGUUAGAAUCGGGCAAAUACUGGCAAAUGAAUCUGCAAUGUGUUUCGGCAUUUUUUCUGCUUCUUGUUUAAUUUGACCUAAUGGGUAAUUAGAUAAAUUUCGUUGGCACUGUCAAGGUUGAAUUAACUGUAGUCGACAGCCUUUGCAAAAUGGCAUUUGCAAAGGCAGUGGCGCUAUUUUUUAUGCCCAGGAAAGGAGUGAAAGUGUUCGACUCCUCAGUGGCUCAUGGUGCAUUGAGGUGUAUUGCUCUUAUCCUUCUAGUGAACCAUAGUGUAAAGGAAUUUGGACACACAAAAAAGAGCUCCUGCUAUGGAUGUUUUUAACCAGCCAAAAUAAAGCAGAUAAACUAGUUAAUACUGCGUUAGAUAAGUAAUACAGGCAUUAAAGUAUGUGAUGUUUCUUAUUAUUUAUUUAUUAUUUUAUUUAUUACAUACUGUAAACCUCAAGUUGUCCAAGCAGGACAGGCACGCGUAACAAAAUGCAAAUGAGUAUAAACACAACUGUGAAGAUUGUAAACAGAAGUACAACGCAGUUGAAAACACAAUUGCAAGACAAUUUCAACGCAAUCGUAAGAAACAACAAAAUGAAAAUAUAACACUAAUGCAUUGUACAUGACAAAAUAUCUGAAACAAUAUUAACUUCGUAAGGCUCCGUCAGGCGGUUCCAGUCAGAUAUUGUACUUGGAAAGAAUGAAAACUGAAAUGUGUUAGUUUUAGCAAAAUAUGGACCUAGAGAAUGGGCUCGAUGAUGUCUUGUAUGUCUGGUGAAUAGAGGAGAUAAAUAAAUUCUGGGGUCAAGGGCGAACUUAUGAUUCAGAAGUGAAUAAAGAAAGUUUAGACGGUUCUUCGUCCGUCGUAUUUCGAGUUUUUCAAUAUUGGGGGCUGGUCAUGAGCUCACUUGGUGAGGCUGUUAGUUUGAAUUUAGAAUAAAUAAACCUUACAGCCUUUCUUUGAAUAGCUUCUAGUUUAUUGAUAUUAACUUUAGUGAAAGGAUCCCAUACGACACUCAGUGGCUGACAACCACCAUCAAACGACGCCCCUGUCGUUUGAACUGUUUUUCUUGGUGUUAAUUAGGCAACAUUUUUAUCCAGGUGCAGAAAAAUAGACAGAAAAAAAGAAUAGCAAAAAAGUGCUAGUUUUUUCUGUUCAGUAAAUAUUACCAGCCGGAUAUAUAAAUUGUUGGCAGUCAGCUAUUUAUGUGUACACCAACAAAGCACAGGGCAACUAAAGAGUGUGUGGGAUAUUGCGAGCAGUGUGGCUAAAGUUUGUCUGAAUACAGUGUACGUCUUAUGAAACUCUAACAGUGUCAUCAAAUAGAGCCAGUGAUGAUACAUGCACAUGCUCCACCUAGUUGCCAUGAGUCCAUCUGCAUGAUCUGAGUGUUCCAGCGUACAUCUAGGCUUUGUAGCUCACAAGCUGCUGUUGGCAUGAUGUUAACCUUUCGUCAUCUGACACAUGAGCCUAUCACACCAAGUGAAGAGCCAUGAUGUGUUGUUUUGGCUGCUGCUGUUUAAUACCCCAAGGAAAGCUUUCUGCUCUUUUAAGGUUCUUCCCACUGCAUUCAUCUCUCCUUGGUUCUUGUUUAGAUUAGUCUUAGUGCUGGAGGUCAUGAGAUUGUUUUUGUAUUGUUUUGUUAAGUUUUCCAUUUAUAGGAUGAACUUCAAAAUUAUUGACUAGGCGCCACCAUCUUGCAUUAAUUAAAGGGCCGAUGAGACAUCCACCCAAAUGUAGCAAUUGCUACAAAGGACCAGGACAAAUUUUUCUUCAACUGCGAAGCUUUCUUUCGAGGAACCUGUAUGGGUUUCCUUUGUAGCAAUUGCUACAUUUGGGUGGAUGUCUCAUUUGCCCUUUAAUUACUUCUCUCCGCCUAGCGGGUUUCCGCUGAACUAUUACGUCAAACAUCUUGCAUUAAGUGACACAUACUAGCCUGAUAUCUGCUAUUUUGUUUGAACUGUUUUCUUUCUUAAGAAAUUAAUUUUUGAUGUCUGCUGCAUUAACUGUGUGCAAGGCAGGGCACUAUGGAAAAGCGGCAGGUAUGGGAUGUUGCAUGCGCACUGUACCUGCGUUUAUUGGUGCAUAACUUCAAGACGCAUACUGCACCAAAAUGUGUGUGGAGCUUUGAGAAUUGUUCGCGUACAAUUGCUCUUCCACUGUAGGGUUUGGCAUAGUUUUGCAUUCACCAAUGCUGCAGUGCGCUUUGUUAUCGCACAUCCAAAAUAUCUCGGAUUUCCAAUUUAGUUGGUAUUUCUCUAGUUUGUUGUCCACCUGCUGGGCACAUUGUCAUAAAGGAAGGCAUGUGUGCCCCCAUUUUCCAUCAUUACUGCAGGCUUUCUUGCCACUUCUUUAGCUUGCAUUCAGUUCCUUAGGAUGCUUAUCUUGAUUCCUUCCACUUGCUUAAUCCACAGUGUUGCAGUGCAGCUUUUGCAGUAUUUUUCACCUGGUACAAGUGAAAUGAAAAAUGCAGGACCACGAGCCUGCUUGUCUCCAGCACACAAUUUUUACUAAGCAAAGUUUUCUGCACUCGUAAUCCAGCCUAAAACACACACACCAGCCUCAACUGUACCAUAGCUUUUAGCACGGUAAGAAUCAAAAUGAAGUGAUGUAGUUAUAACGAGGGUUUACUGUAAUAGGCCCUUUUCCUAAACGUACUUCACUACGAUGUAUCUUUUCCAAAUUGUGGUCAUGGUUAGCUAUAAACAAAGAUAAAAAGUGAACUGCCUAUGCUACUGCUCUCAAGUUUCACCUGAUGCCACCAUGAUCACCGUAUACCGUAUCAACAUUUUACAUUUUGUUAAAUGCAUUAGCUAUGUAGCUGUGCUCUGAUUUAAAUAUUAGCUGAGCCACCAAUGUGGUGGUGAAUCACCUUGUGGGCAAGCUGGCUUUACAUUUAGGAAGAUCUAAAAAUGGAUAUUUCAUACACGUUUGUAGAUGCUCAAGAAAAUGUCUAUAGUGCUGCUUAGUCUUUUAUGAACUCCAUAACAGCACCUAACCACAUCUUUACCAAUACAGUUUGUGUUCCUUUCGUAACAUCUUGGUGAGGGCUAGUUGGUUCAUGUUUAGAACUAAUCCUUAACAGCAUGAGUAAAUAAGGACACACAAAGAAACACACCACAGAACAGAUGCCCACUGCCAACUGAAUUUUUAUUCUGACCUCUGGUGGCUGUUUCUUUGUGUGUCCUUGUUUAGUCACACUGUUCCUGUUUACUUCUGAAGUUUGUACUCCCUAAUAAUAGCCUCUGAAAAUUUGGUUUGGUAAUAAGCCAAGCAUGACAUAACAUGAAUGUGCUGUUUCCACAUUUAUGUGUUUUGGUCUAUAGCAGUGUUUUAUACUAUAUGGAGUUCAGUUGGAAAUAUUUUGAUCUGUACUGUAUCGUGUCACCAUCAUUAUUUCGCUCGGUGACUUGUGUUCAAUACUGGUGCUGUGGUCACCACACUCAUUAACUGUAGGAGAGAGAGACAGAGAGAGAGAGAAUUUAUUUGAAGGAAAAAAUACAGGUUGGCCUGAGCUAGCAGGCUCUGGCCUACUACUAAACUAUGGAAGGCGGAACAGUAAGCAAAGGGUCUGGUUUUCUUUAAUAUGUGGCUAGCAUUUUGGCACAAUACACAGCAGUGUUGGUUCUUGGGGCCACAUAAAUUAUAAAAGUAGCUGUAACGAGCAUAGUUUAUUAUAGAAAAACAUUUGUAAAACAAGUUGCCUUUUUUGAUGUAUACCUCACUCCAUAGAGGCAUGAGUAAUAUCAACAAGAAGCAUGGCUGUAUGCUAGGUAUUUGUGCCCUAAUUUUACAGAAACUUAUUUGUGUGAAGUUAUGCAGCCGAGUACCUGCAUAUUGAUGCUGGAAAUCUUAAGUUAUUGCCCAUAGCAAACAGUGAAAAUGUCCCUGUGAAAAUUACAUCUUAAAAUACAUGUAAGUUGUGUUUCUAUAUUGCAUUGCAUUCUGUGGUGCAUUUGGUGUUUCUUGCGACAUGAAGUGCCAUGCUUAUUUAAAGUGCCCCUCACCAGGCACCAUUGGAAAUUUUGGUUAUGUACAAGGUUGUCCACUCUUAAUUAAGCGAAACACACGCGCUUGCAGCCACACUCCAUGGUGUGCCACGUGUGGCCGCUAGGCGAACUACUUGUGUAAGCGUGUUGAGAUCCAGAGGCAGCGCCUACGCCGUGUCAUCUGCUACUCUGCUGGCGUGCGGAAAACCUUGCUUGAUACUAGCACUGUAGGUUUGCUUGAAUCGUGGUGCACGAACGCCUGUCUUUUGUGUCAAUCUUCGUAAAACGCUGAGUGUUUUAUGGCACCUGGCACAACAAACUGCUUGAAGUGGUAAACCAGUAGUCCUAGAAUAACAGUUUUUUAUAGAGGUGUUAUUUGUUUCAAUAUUUGACAACACACUGUAUGCAUAAUGGGUCUGCCUAUAUGCUGCUCAUCUCAAUUUACCUAAUGAACUCGUAAAAUAUAUCGGCACUAGUCAGUCCAAAUUUUUUUAUCAGUAGCACUAUGCGUCAAAUGGGAAAAAGCAAUGCAUUUGACCAACAUAUUUCUGAGGCUAGUCACAUGACACAUGUAGUGUGUGUUAACGUCUACUUGUAUUUCCACAUUAUGUUGUUUUGCUGAUGAACAACUUGGCCAUCUGUUCAUUAGGACAGGGCAAUUGCAUUGCUAUAGCAGUGACGUAAAGGGCGUUUACAGUUUGGAUUUUACAUUAAAUGGAUUGUCUUAGCAGGUGGAGUACAUGGAGUCAAGGAAGGCAGCGAGGGAGAUGGAUAUAUGCAAGGAAAAGGAUCGACGAAAACAUUGUAAGAAAGGUUGAUGCUUUAUUAUAAGCCUCAGCUCUUCUGACUUUCGACAUGUUAAAAACACAGUCACAAAAAUGCCAAGAGGUCCCUCAUAAUUGCACCACACAUAAAAAAGCAGGUAUUCUGCAAGCACUUUACUAAUUUGAGCAGUUUGUUCUGCGAUGGGCGAUAACACCCAACGCUUUUUGUACGGUGGUAUGAAAGACCUUCCUUUCGGGAAUGCUGCACCGUGAUGUAAGCAAAUUUACGAUGCCAGCAUGAGGCGAGGUUUUUCGCUCGCCAACACAGUGGCAGACAACAGGCCUUCCUUUGGCUCUCAACGCGCAUGUGCAAGCAGUUUGUCCAGCAGCCGCAUCUGGCGCUCCACGAAGCGUGGUCGCAUGGUUGUGUGUUUCCCCUAAGAAUGGACGACCUUGUAGACUAAAAGUUGUAAAACACUGCCCAGGGAGUGUUCUACUGCAAGAGUUUUUAAAAAGGGUUUAGUAGUAGCCAAGAUAGAAGAAAAUGAAAUGUCACGAGUCCAUGGUGUGAGGUGAACUACCCUGCCUACAGGCAGAGGCUCUUGCCCAUUCUUGUAACAGAAGGUUGCACAAGAAAAGACACAACAUGGGAGAGCACGAAGAACAAGUGCUAAACUCGCAUUGUUUGUUUAGCGGCAUGUUCCGCUAAAUAUGUAGGAAAGCCGUCUCUCCCAUUGUUUUGACCAGCACCUGAAAAUUACAUUCCUCUCUUGCCUUCUGUCAUAUGAGAGCCGUGCGCCCACAUCAUGUUUACACCACAAUCCCUGCCUCCUUCUGUUUUUUUUUUUGUUUUUUUGUGCGGCUCAUUUCCAGAGGUGGUUUUGUGCACCCUGCAUCUCACGGGAAUCCCUCAGUUCUUCGCGCUGCUGCUGCUGCUGCUGCUGCUGCUGCUGCUGCUGGAUAUUUGUGUGAUGCAGGUGCUGUGCCUUUGGUGCGGUAACACCCCGCCUGUGACAUUAUCUCUGCUGGUGGCAAUAGUGGCUUCUCAAAAAAAUCUAUUCUUGCAGCGCACGUCGAUGUAAUACUUUUCAGAGAGGAUUGUCCCCAAAUGAUCUACGCAUUACAGUUGUCUGUCUACAAUCUCCAAACCUGUUUAACGGUCCUACAGGUGUGCUUUUCCUCUGCACCAACUUUGCACUGGUGCUGUCCUUAUGACUGUGACAAUAACUUCUAUGAGAGACCUGCUUCAGAGUUCCAUUGUGACAGUCUUAUCAGAGUUGAAUAUUUAGGCCUGACAAUGCAACAAGUGAUUGAAGAUUGCUUUUAUCUGUGGCAUGAACAUGGUAAUUGGCCUUGGCAGGGUUGAGCUUAGAAUAAGUUGUACCAUUCCAGGAUACUUUCUCUCUGUCUAAUUGCAGUUCUUAUUAAUUGGUGGCCUGUGGUAGCAGUACUAGUCCAGUAUUUUUUGUAUGCUUACUUAUAGGACCCGCCUUUCUAUGCGGACAAGUUUAAAAGAUUUGGCACUUCCUUCUGCUUUGUAUUUGCUCAAAUUUUGCUACAAGAUUGCAUGCCUUCAUCUGUGUUGUUCAGUAAUCUAACGGAUGUCUUUGAUGAAAGGGAAAAUUGUCAUCCACCAGAAUGCAGCACGAAGCUACAAUGCAUAGAUGUCUUUUGAUUGACUGGAUGAUUUGGAAAAAAUGAAAAACUACUGCAGCAUCCACGAGAUUAGCUGCUGUAGAGGUGUCUAUUGGUUUGGCUGCCUGUGGGGAACUAAAUAUUCAGAUGAACCAGGGAAACAACAAUGCCAAGUGUUUAAUUGUUUAAUUAAAAGAUCAAAAAUGCAACCUGGCUGUGAAAUGCCAGACAGUGGCAGGUUAUUUUAAAGUACUUAGAAUAAAAAUACCGGCCAUUGUGCCACCAGAUGGGGCUGCAAGGAAGAGCGGCUUCUUGCAUUGGCUGGGCUGAGUGUAAAGGCUGUGCUCUGCUGCUAAACCUUGCACUGGGGAGGGGAACAUUCAAUGAAUGCCACUGUGCAUUUUGGAUGGUAUUGCAGAUGCAUGUGCUUUUUUGACAUUACAAAAAUUGAAGUUCACAGUUCCGACAUACUAUUAUCUUUUAGUUCUGGUUUGUCGUGAUCACGGGAAAUGAUAGCAGAUGGAUGGAGGUUUCUGUUAAAUGUUAAAUCGGCAAAGAUUUUAUCUGGAUUAUUCGUGUAGUGAAGCAUUCUGGGAUUUCAGAGCUAUUUUGCAGUUCUAUUAAAAUUUGAUGUACAUACUUAUGCUUUGCUGUGGUGAUGAAUGUGAAUGUUGGUGCGUAUUUUCCAGUUAUAUUUACAUGUGCCAAAACACAGAGGUUGAAGUAAAACAUGCUUUGAGCAGUGCUGUAUAGAAUACAUGAUAGUAACUAGGCUUGAAAUGCAUAUGUCAUUCUACGAAAGCAAGUUUAAGUUUCUGGGAAAUUGGUGCACAUAACUGAAUAUAUUGUUAUCGCACAACCGAAGGUGGCGCCAGUCAGAAGAAGACGAUUUGACGUGCGGAGGUGAAAUUGGAGGUUCCUGUAGAGGGCGACAGAAUUGCAGCGUCAAAAGCCCAUAUCUCGCAAUCAUUGACAGGCAGAAUUUCGCCCAAAGACAUGCCCCUGGGAACAAUUUGAUGUGAACAGUUAAAAUUAAGCAGAAGGAGUGAAGUCUGAUUGCCUGUAAUAGUGAGCACGGUAUGGGGGAACGGCCAGAUUCUUUUCAAGCAGUGUGUUGUCAGUGGUGUGACAUAGCACAUAGACGCCGUCAGGAACAGAUGGAACCGACAUGCUGCUUGAAAAGGAUAUAUUAUAUGUGAAAAGAAACAAUAUUAUAUGUGAAUGUUUUGUGUGUGUGUGUUUGAAUGGUUUACAUGUCCUUAUCAACAGCUCUAUGUGUGCGUGUUUGAAUGGUUUACAUGUCCUUAUUAACAGCUUUACACCUUAGGUAGGGUUAAUUUUUAGUGUGGACAUAUUAUCAAGUGAAAAAGGAACAGUCCAGUAAGUCAUUUCUGAGAUCAACUUCACAGCGCAUGUUCUUCAGUCAGCGUGCAUGUGACAAUUGAUACAUGAGGCAUUGACACUGUGAGCAUCAGCGUACAGCUCGUGUUUGUUUGGUGUGCAGAUUAGCAUAGAGGUUGGGUUUGCUGUGUGUGCUUCAUACUUUUUCAAUACAUAAUGAUAAUUAUGUAUUCUCGAGACAUUUUCUUGACUACUGAAACACUUUUGGGCAAGUCACUUUCACUAUGUGCCAAUUGGUUAAUUGCAUGUGGAAGCAGUCCAGAGAGAACUGCGCAGCAGCACAUUUCUUGUCUGUGUUACUUUUAUGUUGGAUGAUUGUGCAGUCAGGGAAUGUGCAUUGGUACAGCGAGGGAUUAUACUGGAUGUUAGUUCAUGCCCAAGAGAAAAAAUGAGCAGGAGUUCCAUUUUUGACCCAAAUAGUAGUAGCAUGGGCGCUAUUGAUGCAUAGGAAAAAGGCAUCUGUUGUAGCAUGUACAAUACUAAAGGGCACUAUCAUAUUUACUGUUUGCCUGUCACUGCUAUUCUACUUCCAGAUAACUGAUUCACAGAUUUGCCUGAAAGUUUAAAAGGGAGAUAAUGUAAAUUGUUAGUCAUUUGUCGUUGUGUUCACCCAAUUAUUUUAUGCAGCAGUCCCCCCCAAGUUUUUGUUGCAAGCUUUGACUAUAUUCUUUUUAUCUUUGUCAUGCCUAAUGUUCCCUGAGCAGUGCAAAUUGCCGACCAGCAUCUGUGAGAAUGUCAUAACCAUAAUUAAUUUUCCUCUAACUUGCAUAUUCAGCAUGGAUUUAAAUAACUUUAGUGCAUGAAAGCAACAAAUAUUACUUUGGCACUUAUAGCAGUUAUCUAGUCACCAAAGCAGUCACCUUAAUGCCCUUUAGCUUUGUUCAUUUAUUUGUUGCUGUAGCAACAGAUGUUACUUUGAAACCAAUGAAAUGAGUUUUGUACUUGUCGUUUCAUAUGAGAACAUUCUUUUUUUUGCCUAAGUCAAUGCCAAAGUUGUCACAAAACAUGCUUGACAUUGUCUUUUUUUUCACUUGUGAAUAAUUUUAUUUGGGGUUGAUAUUUUGCGUACUUAAUUUAUAAUAAACAGUGCUGACCUAGCCAUCACAAAAAGAUUUUCCUGUAGGAACCUAAUAAAAAUUAAGUGUUUAUUUACAACCAAUAUUUUACAAGUUGGGUAUUAGCUGUGAAUUUAGUCCUGUUAGUACAGUGCCCGACAUAUAUUAACUAGUCAUGUUUUUGUUACAGGAACCCGAAAUCUACUAAUGCUUUUUGUUAUUGUACAGAGAUAGAAGAGUUUUUGAAUGAUUGCAUUAUGUAUGUCAUUUUCAUUGCAGUGUGGCUAGCCUGCACUUGACCCCACAAAGUCUUAACGUUUCAUUUUUUGACACAUGUAGUAGCUUUUCUGACAUAAUGUAGUGAAGUUUCAGUUAUGGAUAGCUUAGCAAACCAAUAACUAAUCAGUUAAUUAUUCCAAAUAUUUUUAACUCAUUGCGCCAAAUGUUAUUGUGUGGUAAAAUUUAGUACAAAUGUACUCCAAAAAAGUAAAGGUGAUGAAGUUAUUGUUAUUUUUUCAAACACCCAUAUAGAAUGGGUGUGUGGGCUUUGUGGGGUUAAUGUACAUGCUGGCAUAGGGCACAUUGUUUCGCUUUGCGCCAGCAGUAUAGAUAUGUCAGCUGGUCAUAAUGUAUGAGGGUAAAACCGUCACCUCCUUAUUUUGCAAGUUGAUGCUCACUGUGCUCACCCAGAAUGUGCUUCAGACUUAUUUAGUGGCAGAGAUUUGUUGAUUGAAAAACUGUGUAUGUCUUUCGCAAUAUUGACGACCAUUUCAUACUUAGUGUCAUAAAUAAAACUAGUACUUUAUUUGCAA